GGAGAGGCCACGGCAGCCCGCUCCAGAGGCGCCAGCGGACCUGGGAGCGGAGCGGCGCGGGGCGGCUGUCGCGUCCCGCGUGUCCUGCCCAGCCGUGCCAGCCCAGGGUCCGGAGCGGCUUCCUCGUGUUCCUGCCCAGGUAAAAGGACACAGAAAAGAAGAUGGACUGGGGAACUCUGCAGGCUGUUUUAGGAGGUGUGAAUAAGCACUCCACCAGUAUCGGGAAGAUAUGGCUCACAGUCCUCUUCAUCUUCCGCAUCAUGAUCCUGGUUGUGGCUGCAGAGAGGGUCUGGGGAGAUGAACAACAAGAUUUUGUCUGCAACACACUUCAGCCUGGCUGCAAAAAUGUUUGCUACGAUCAGUUUUUCCCCAUCUCUCACAUCAGACUCUGGGCCCUGCAGCUGAUCUUUGUCUCCACACCUGCGCUGCUGGUGGCCAUGCACGUGGCUUACAGGAGGCAUGAGAAGAAAAGACGGUUCAGAAACGGCGAGAAAAUUGAUAUUGAAGAGCUAAAAAAUGAAAAGAUUCACAUUCGGGGCCCCUUGUGGUGGACGUACACCAGCAGCAUCUUCUUCAGGAUCGUCUUUGAAGCCGUCUUCAUGUACGUGUUCUAUUACAUGUACGAUGGCUACCAGAUGCCCCGCCUGGUGAAGUGCAGCGCUUGGCCCUGCCCCAACAUUGUGGAUUGCUUUGUGUCUCGGCCCACUGAGAAAACCACAUUUACUAUUUUCAUGCUUGCUGUAUCUGGGAUCUGCAUGAUGUUGAAUCUGGCUGAGUUGUGCUACCUAGUGAUAAAAAUUUGCAUGAAAGGAUCCAGGAAAACAACAGUUUUGAAAUAAGUCCUCAGUUUCAGGAUUUACUGGCUCUCCAUUUCCCUUAAACUUUCUUAGGUGUAAGAAAACAAUAAACAAUAUUUUCACACUCAAGGAAAAGGAUAAAAAAGAAUAUUCUUAUGUGUUGUAAAACCGAUUGGCUCUCUGGGAAGCUGAUGCUGAAGCAGGUUUUAAAGAUCCUAAGCUAAUUCAGUAUUCCUGCAUCCACAAUUAGAGAGAGCAGCCUUCUGGAACCAGCUUCUCCAAGUGUGCCUAUUGCUGGGAUCCUAUUGUUGGGACAGUUAACUCUUCAAACAGUGGGAGUGGAAAGGACCAGGGAAGGCUCUAGUGCCCAGAGGAGAUCCAGGAAUCACAAACACGCUGUGUUGGCUCAGAGGCAAAACAAUGUCAAAGGCUUUUAGUUAGAAGUGGGGUAAAGGAUUUUUUUUUUUGGCACAUCACAGCUUUUGAGAAGGAAGACAGGGAGGUGAUUUUGUUUAUAUUAGGUGUCUUCUGUAAGUAAUCUGGAGAGCAAGAAAAUGGUGUAGGAACACAGAUACUCUGGCAGUGCAUGAUAUCAGCUUUGCUGGGUACCAGCAUGCCUUUUUUUUUUUUUUUUCCCCUCAUUUUCCUGCCUGCACUGAGAAGCAUUUCCUUAAGGGUUAGGGGUGGCCAGUCUCAACUGCCUGUGAAUGCCAUUAGAUCAAUGCUGCCUCCCCACAGUCACAGAGACUACAGCAGUGGGAGGAAUGAAGUUCAUUUUUCAUUCUCUUGAUCAGAUGAAAAAAGGACUGUCACCUCUGGGAGGGUGGAGGGUGUGCAACUGUCUUCCUCCUUCUCUUGUUCUCCCCCGGUACCUUGUAAAGAAUCUCAGUACAGUAGACUUUAUCUGAUGAAGAGAUGUUUUACCACCUGGCUGUUCCUCACUCAGCUGUAUACUUCUAAAACUUUUUUUUUUUUUUUUUCCCAAUAAAAACCAAGGAAAAAAAGCCUUUUAGUUCUGUUGGUUAUCCAAAAGAAUUGCUUCAACUUACAGCAUGAUAUCCAGUGCUCUUUCCAUUGCUCCUUUUUUUUUCUAUCAUCUUUUCUUCAUAAAACCUCCCUGUUUUCAAAUGAGUUGAGCAAACCACUCCCAAUCUCUCUGAUAUUCCACAUUGUGAGAUUAAAUCACCAUUCCUUUUCUUAGAGUUGGUCUGGCAGGAAUUACAGACAUCUUGCAGAGCUAAAAUAGCAAAGGGACUCAAUCAGAAAUGAGGAGGAACUUGAUAUUCUUCUUUAAGUUCACACUGCUGUGCUGUAAAUUCUAUAUUACUAAUUUGAAGUACUAUAUGAGUCAAUCUGGUCUUGUCUCAGAGUAGUCUUGAAAGAUGCUUUAUGCCUGUAAUGGGCAGAAUAUGGCACUUAGGGCAGCACAGUUUAUCUUCCAAGUGCCUGCCCAUUGAACCCACUUCUAGAAAUCUGUCUGUUUCUCCUCCUUAGCUUUAAUAACUGGCUUUUCCCCAGAAUGAAUGAGAGCAAUCUUGGCUUCUCUGUGUGCAUUCAUCUUUUACUGCACAUUUAAAUUUCUCACUGUUGGAGUAAACAACGAAGCUGCAUGAAUUAAGACUAAUGACCCUUCACUGUGCCCUGAAAGUGGAGCAUAAACAGGCUUCCCUUGCUUGUGAGCUACAAGUGUUACAACUUGACUGCAGAUGGAAAUCUGUCAUCUAAGAGGAAAGCAAGAAAACUAUAAAAACACCAUCCUCAGAACCAUUUAAAAAAAAAUUAAAAAAAGAGAAGGUCAUUGAUAAUGAGCUGGACUGGAAACUUGGACUGUGGAAACAUCCUUAAUUCAAUUCCAAAGGACACAGUUUGUCACGUAUCAGGUUUGUGCUCGAGAGAGUUCCUGCAUUGUUCCAUGUACAAGUAUGAAGAGAGCAAACUAGUCCCAGUGCUCUAGUAUUACAUUUCUUUUGUAACAAGAUUUUUUUUUCUGAAAUUAUAAUUAAAGCACUUCUGUGGUGGCUGUUUUC